AUGCGAAAUAGAAAAGUGAUUUAUAUGUUACAAGCAGUUUUAUCGAAUGCGACUAAUAAAGGUAUAUGUACACCCGUACACUUCCUAAUCAGUUACCAUUUAAAGAAUAGCUCAAAAAAAAACCUAGUUGAUUCUCUUAAGACAUUGAGCACGAAGACAAAGUUUUUAUUAACGAAUCAAAAUUGUCAGUUUAUAAGGUUUUUAAAUGUUAAUCUAGGAGUAAUUUGUUAUUCUGGGUGGUUUUUGGGUGCAUUUCAAUCCCAACAUUUCACCCUAAAAGGUAAAGGAAUGACGUGGUUGAAUCUUUUGUCGGAAAACCGCAUAUUUCAAACUUGUCAAAACCACCCUCAAUAUAGGCUUGAUUUAUUUAAGGAGCCGAAAACGUGGUGGUUUGUCCUUACUGCAGGACUAAUUGUUAGCUUAAUUAAUAAUAUUAUUUUAAUGAACGAUCAAAUUCUCAAUGAAAUUUUCCAAAGUUCCACUUUUUCUCUUGGAGUAGCUUAUCUUUUAAUCAUUUUAAGGGGCACUGGGCCAGAAAAACAGUUCAUGUAUGCUUAUGGUAUGUGCGAUCCCAUUUGCGUCUGUUUUGCCAAAAAAGUGGUAUCAAUUGAGAGAGCCUGUUGUUUGGUUGUUUGUUUGUUUGUCGGUGCACCUGUUGCUUUAAACUCAUUUUAUGGAGCCUCGAUACCAUCUGAUCAGCAACCUGCAUCUGUUAAUGCAUACGCUGCAAAACAGUUGCGAGCAACAGCACAAAUCAUUUGCGUGUGCUUAGCAUUUGUUCUGAUGUUUACUUUUUUCAAAAUUUCAUCGAGACUCAACAAUGAUUUAUUCAGUCGACAACUUCGCGCAUUCUUCAUUAAUAGUGAAAUCAUGCAUCAAGAAGCUACGCCAAUGAAGAAUGACAGUAAUAUUUCAGAAUAA